AUGAAGUGCUCACAAGCAUUGUGGCUCUUCUCUGCGAUAGCUAAUGCGGCUGUAACUCAACAGAGAGCUUUGCUUCGUUACCCUGGCAUUCAGUUCUCUUCGGACAGAAAGCUAUCGAUCACAGUCUUCAGUGAUCUUCACUUUGGUGAACCUUCAUAUGUGCGAAAUCGCCAAUAUGCAGAUCUCAAAACCAUGGGAGUCAUGAGCUCUAUUCUGGACAACGAAAGGCCCGACUUUGUAGUCCUCAAUGGCGACCUUGUUUCUUGUGAAUGGGUCGCCCCUGCCGACGCCAACAAGCUCAUCGAUCAAAUUGUGGCGCCUCUGGUUGACCGCAAUCUACCUUUCGGCGCGACAUUUGGUAACCAUGACGCUUCAAAGACAUGCAGCACACUCUCCAUGUCGGAGCACAUGUGGUGGGACGUCAAAGGCAAGAACGGUCGAAAGCUAUCAUUCACGACGCAGUCUGUAGUUGGCCAGGUCGAUAAGGUGGGCUGGAGCAACUACUUUGUGCCUGUCUAUAGCUCCACGGAUGGCGGCGAUCUCAAGAUGUUGCUCUGGUUCUUCGAUAGCAAGGGUGGUCGUAAGUAUCAGCCGACUGGCGAAGACGUUGGGGUUCCAAGUUGGGUAGACGAAAAGGUUAUCGACUGGUUCCGUAAGACUAACACUGCUUUCCGCCAGCAAUACGGUCGCGCGAUUCCAAGCAUGGCUUUUGUACAUAUCCCAGUAUUCGCGACAAGGGCAUUCCAGGAGAAACACCACACGCGCACUGCCAAUCCUGGCAUCAACGAAGAGCGCGUCGGAUAUCAGGGCGACGUUUGUGACCACCAAGGCAAUAAUUGCAAAUACAGUGGCGCUGAUAUACCUUUUAUGAAGGCGCUUGUCGAGACUGAGGGACUCAUGGCGGUAUUUUCAGGCCACGACCAUGGUGUUGACUGCAAUGGGAAUGGGCUUAACAUAUGCUUCAACCGACACUCUGGUUACGGUGGAUACUCUGAUUGGACACGUGGAGCGCGUCAAAUUGUCGUAGGGGAAGACAUGUUAGGCAAGAACAUUGUCGACACUUGGAUCCGUUUGGAGAAUGGGAAAGUCUCAGGAAGAGUAACUCUCAACAACACUUUUGGAACUGAUCAGUACUCGGCGGCGGACAUGUCAAAGACUUCGGCUCCUUAG